AUGGCUUCCACAUCUGAUCAAAAAUACUCUCCACGACCGGACCGUCUGUCCGAGGAACCGUCAUCGAAGAAUGCCCAGGGCCUGUUUCCUCCCGAUGCCUGCCUCUUCGUUGGAAAUAUUCCUACUCAAAGUACCCCCUCAAAGUUAGAAGACGACAUUGUCUCCAUGUUCUCCCAGUUUGGGAAGUGCUAUGCCAAAGUGAAAAUCAAUAGCGACAGGAGCUUACCCGGUGGCUUUGUUCAAUUUGAAAAAGUAGAGCAUGCCAUAGCAGCGCUCCAACUUGCAGGUGCCUCAUUGAAUGAUCGACCUUUAAGAGUCGAACGAGCGAGAGGAGAAAGAUUUCGCGAGGAGAGGCUGACAUCGGCAGGAACCGCACUCCUUUGUUCUCACUCGAUGGAGCCUCCGACGCUCAAAGAGGCUUAUCAGGCCUUGGCAGGUCUAGGUGCCCUUGAAGGUUGUGCUGUCGGGGACAUUUUCAAUGCGUCUAAAGGGCAGUACCCCAAUGCCUGUACAGUUACAUUUGCUUUCAUCCUCGAUUACGAAGAUGCCGUAAAGCAACUUCGAAGUCCAAGAAGUGUUCACAGUAAUUACACGCUGCACAAAACCAAUCUACCUGGCAACCCAUUCGCAGGAAUCCCAGCAGGCGUAAAUCCCGAAAUCGCGCAUCCCUACAGAUUUGGAAAUACACAGCUAUCGGGAAUGUCUUUCUCUUCUCAUCGCAGCGGUCUUCAUGGUCGCGGUGGUAGUCGGGUUGGUUGCCAACGUGGCCGAGGAUCUUCUCGCCAUUUGUUUCAACGAAACCAUCGCCCUUCACCUCCCAUUGAAGCCUACCCAAGCGAUGGAUGCCAAUCCCCGAAUACGCACAUCCACAGCGCAGUGCAGCAAAGCGAUGGAAAUUAUGCGCCAUACUGGUUCUCCGGUGGGGCGCCAACCGGGGUGGCAUUGCCUCUGCCUGGACCUCCACAGCUUCCACCUCCUUCGUGGACGCCUUCACAUACAGAGAUCCCUGGCCCCUACUAUCUGUACGCCUAUGCCCCUGGGAACGGAAUACCCUCCAUGGUGCCGGAAGCGCCCCCUCCUGCAUAUACAGAGGGUGCUUUCGGCAUAAGCGGUACUGCCCCGUAUGUCAAUACUCACACGACGAGCUAUAGCCAGAACGUCUUUAAUGCGAACGGCUAUUCGCCUUACCCUACAAAUAUGGUAAUGAUGCCAUUUACCACUAGCAGUACCGAAGCACAGAUGAUGAAUACUCUCCCUCAAAUGAGUGUUGGUACAGGUCUCAAUGUCCCGCUGGAGGGAACAAACGUCCCACACCAGAAGUCGAAUGCACCACCACCGAUCCCCAGCACACAAAUUCAACAUUCGCAGAGCCCUGUUCUUUUGACGCCGCCAUCUGGACAAAGUAGUGCCGAGAAUACUAUCAAAAACUCUCCAAAUCAAGAAUACGCCCGGCAUCUUGGCCAACAAGCUGUGGGUCAUGAGAUUGCUACAGUCAUUCCGGCCGAAAGCCAAUCGAACACGCCAUCCAGCUCGGGGUCGGAGCUAUAUUCCAGUGUAGAGACAGGUUCAGGGACUGAAACAGACGACGACAAGGUGGCGGAGCCUGUCUCCAAGAAUGAGCAGCCGUCAACAAACCCUCAGAUCCGAGUCCCCAGGUCAAAAGAGGAACUGAUCGCCCUUUUCCAUGGCGACAUAUCUUCUGCUUCUGAUACGGAGGCUACAGUCUGCCCGUCUCACAAGUACAAGAGGGGUCAGAAAAGCAACGGGAAGGUCAAGGGUGAGCUCAAGAACCAGGUUAGGGAAGAAGAGAGGUUGGACACUACAAGACCGACUGUCAAGCAGGAUGAGGCUCUACGGCCACCGAUUGAAGACUCAACCAUCACUCCACCCACAUCCGAGGAUAACAAUAGUCUUUCUGGCUCGGAUUGUGGUACUUGGACCCGGAAGAAAAUACAAGAUAUCCUUCGCGAGGAGAGUCAACGUAUUGGCCCGCCGAUGGAGGAGGACGAGCUACGCCGUAUUGCACAAGAAAUCGACGAGGAACGCCGAGAAACUGAGCUGCUGCGGAGGGCCUCAAGAAAGUCCGUUUAG